CAUGUUGCUGCCCAGACGUCAAAAUCUUCCUUUCCGUUGUACGAUAGCAAGCCUAGUGCAUAGUAAAGUUGUCCGCGUUGCUGCUGAGGCGUCGGAAGUUCCCUUCUCAACAACCACCGCGGGGACUAUUCUAGCGAGCGAGAAUACCCCUUCGGUAGACUAUAUCAAAUUUCUCUGGUUCAGUAAGCGGUGGAAGUAGG